AUUUUACGCCGCUGCGGUCUCCUCCGUCCACGUGUCCUCACUGUUGGAUUUUGCUCUCUCCUGCACAGGUUCGGUGCUUCAUCUCCGAUGGACAAUGGCAGCAAUAACCACUUUUCCUCUUACGCUCACGCCUCUCCCAGGAUUGUAGCUCUUAUUUCAUGGAAAUGGGUUUGACGUAACAAAAGCUACUUUGGGAGCGUGCUCCUUCCUAUGGCUGGACUAUCGUAACUUUGACCUUAAGGACAAGGACAAGUGUUGAUUGUAGCUGAAAACAAGGGAAUUGGAUUGGAUUUGGAGGAGGAACUGCAGAUCAAAAGAAUUUAAGUGGCCGUGGAAAGGCUUUUGAUAUGAAAAAUGAUAGAGAAAAAACAAGAGGGCGUGGUGGUGGAAGUGGCUCAGGAAAGGACAAAAUUGACGUUCUUGGUAGGCUCCUGACACGAAUUUUGCGACAUAUGGCAUCUGAAUUGAAUUUGAAUAUGCGAAAUGAUGGUUUUGUGAAAGUUAAUGAUUUGCUAAAGCUGAAUAUGAAGACUUUUGCUAAUAUUCCAUUGAGAUCACACACUGUUGAUGAUAUUAAGGAGGCUGUUCGAAGAGACAAUAAGCAACGGUUUAGCCUCAUGGAAGAGAAUGGGGAACUAUUAAUACGUGCAAACCAAGGCCACACAGUAACGACUGUUGAAACUGAAAGCUUAUUGAAACCAAUCCUUUCAGCCGAAGAAGUUCCAGUUUGUGUCCAUGGAACCUACAGAAAGAACUUGGAAUCAAUUCUAGGAUCUGGGCUGAAGCGCAUGAAAAGAUUGCAUGUUCAUUUCUCUUGUGGUUUACCAACAGAUGGAGAAGUAAUUAGUGGUAUGAGGCGAGAUGUCAAUGUUCUUAUCUUUAUUGACGUCAGAAAAGCAUUGGAGGAAGGUAUGAAGCUUUACAUUUCUGACAACAAGGUAAUCUUGACGGAAGGUUUUGAUGGCGUUAUUCCUCCCAAAUUUUUUGAGAAGAUAGAAUCAUGGCCUAGCAGACAGCCUAUUCCCUUUUGAAACUCUCAGAAUCAUAGUAAAUUGAGGAUUAUUAGAUAUGAUUGUGUAAACCUCUUGCAAGAAUUAUUAUUUGGCUUCUUGUUUCUUUUGUCUUCUUAGAGAAUUCAGUUACGUUACUUUGGAUAAUUGAGUUAUUAUUCAUAUA